AUGUGUAUCGAGGAAGUCAGCCACUUGCUCAAGGUUCGAUUGAGAAAGUGGUAGCCAGCUACGGAAUAGAUGACUAAAACGCAGCCGGGAACAAGCAGCGAGGAUGCAGCAAAGAGUGUUUGCGCUGCCGAGGCAGCAGUCUCUGCUUCUUCCGGAGAUACAUAAUCCGUUUGUUCACGAGGUAAAACUGACAAAGGCCGAUAAAAUCAAAUGUGCACUCCUGGGAGCCCUCCUCGUGCCUCUCCGCUCCGUCUGCCUGCUGCUCCUCCUCCUGCUAAUGUGGCCCAUCGCUGCCAUCGCCACAUUCCUGCACCCUCUCAAAGGAGCCAUCAAUCCCAUGGCUGGCUGGAGACGCUUCCUGUGCCAGGCAGUUAUGGCUCAUUUGGGGCGCCUCUUCUUCUUUUUCCUGGGGUUCCGGGUGGUGGUGAAGGGCCAGAGGGCGCGCAGUGUAGAGGCCCCCAUUUUGGCCGUGGCGCCGCACUCCAGCUACUUCGAUGCCAUUGUGUGCAUUGUGGCCGGGCUACCUUCAACUGUGUCUCGAACAGAAAACAUGGCCACGCCCAUGUUUGGCAGGUUUCUGCGGUGUCUACAGCCUGUGCUGGUUUCGCGGCUGGAUCCAGACUCCCGCAAGAACACCAUUCUGGAGAUUGAGAGCCGAGCCACUUCUGGAGGUCGCUGGCCACAGGUUCUAAUUUUCCCAGAGGGAACCUGCACAAAUCGUUCUUGUCUGAUUACUUUCAAACAAGGUGCCUUCAUUCCUGGAGUCCCAGUGCAGCCUGUUCUCCUGCGAUACCCUAACAAACUGGACACAGUGACUUGGACAUGGCAGGGACCAAAAGCGAAGACGCUGCUUUUCCUGACCCUGUGUCAGCUGUACACCAAUGUAGAGAUAGAGUUUCUUCCACCCCAGAUUCCCAACGAGGAGGAGAAGGCCUGCCCUUCACUGUUUGCAAAUGCUGUGCGCAGCGCCAUGGCCAAGGCCUUGGCUGUGCCUGUGACAGACCAUACCUAUGAAGACUGUCGUCUGAUGAUCACAGCCGGGGAGCUGACCCUGCCCAUGGAGGCUGGCCUGGUGGAGUUCACCAAGAUAAGCAGAAAGCUGAAUCUGAAAUGGGACAAUGUAAAAAAGGAACUUGAGGACUUUGCUGCCAUUGCGAAUUCCUGUAAAGGUGGACGGAUUGGAAUCGAGGAGUUCGCCCGCUUCCUGAAGCUGCCCGUCAGUCCACCUUUGCAAGAGCUGUUCUCUCUGUUCGAUCGGAAUGGAGACGGUACUAUUGACUUCAGAGAAUAUGUCAUAGGUGUCACUGUCCUCUGUCGCCCUGCAAACACUGAAGAAACCAUCCGAAUGGCAUUUCAGCUAUUCGACACGGAUGAUGACCAGCACAUCACGCAGGAGGAGUUCUCCUCCCUGUUGCGCUCCUCCUUGGGUGUGGCUGACCUGGACGUCUCCAAGCUCUUCAAUGAGAUUGACACAGAUAGAUCAGGCCACAUCACCUAUGAGGAAUUCCAGGCCUUUGCCCAGAGUCACCCAGAGUAUGCCAAGCUGUUCACCACCUAUCUGGAGCUGCAACGCUACCAGGCCCUGCAAAAUGAUGGGCCAGAGCGCAUCCUCUCCACCAAUCGCAUCAGCCCAGAUGGUGCCCAGGAAGACAGCACCUCUGACAAGAAAGACGACUGAGUCUACAGCACAGUGACUUGAAAACUGAAACAGUGCCCACCUUUGACUUGAGUGGUGGUGUUUGAAAGUGACUUGCCUGCUUCGCAGUGUCCCCUUCUUUGAUGAGGUCUGUUGCUAUCUAAUUGUCUGUCCUCUUUAAAGUGCCGAACUGGAGACAUAGCUUAUUUUGGUCUAUUGUUGCUGUUCUGUUAUGGGUCAGUAGAGAACCUAAAAUCCAAAUUACGUAAUUCAACUUUCUGAAGUCUCAAUGUCCUUAUGGGAAUGCUAAAUAUCUUUAGAAACUGUGCAGCAUUCACAAGGAUGUCCCCUGGCAGUCUGAUUAGAGAUAUACCACCAGGUCAUCAUAUCAUAUUUCACGUGGAACCAUAAUGUGUGAAAACUCCCCUUCCAAAGACUUGGAGGAAAUUCUUAAGCAAUGUUUCCCAAGGUGAUUUAUAUUAUUACAUUUCAUUAUUGUCAUUUAGCAGACUCUCUUAUCUAGAGCAACUCACAUGGGUUAGCUUCUUAGGAUCAUCAUCGUUUUAUCUUUGCUGUCCCAAAGUUUUAAUGACCUGAAUGCCAUUCAGUAGAAGGGAUCUUCUGAACCACUCAUGAAACAUUACCAAAGUGCAUAGUGGUAUAAAGGGGAAUUCUGUGUGUCUGUGAACAAGACAGGUUAGUUCAUGUUUGUGCAGAUUCCCAUCUGAAGCCCAAAAGUGGAUGGAAUCUCUUCACAGAAUAAUUCAGAAUAAUUACUUUAAACUCACAGGUCUCACAGAUGACUUGAAAACAGCUACAUUGUUAGCAAAACUUAUUUCUUUGCCAUUCUCAACAUAAUUAUAAGGUGCUAUUGCUUUUGACUGCAGGGUGAGAAACACAGCUUUCAGGGACAAAGUCAAGCUGUUACAGGCAAAAGGAUGAUUAUUCAUACAUGCAGCUCUGCAGAAAAAAAGCAGUUUCAGUGCUGGGGCUUAAAUGCAAAGCAGCAGCCUACCUCUCUGUCGCAAACAAAAGCUUUCUUGUAUGAAGCAUUUUUUGUCAAAAGCA